UGGGGGGAAUGCAGUGAGGUUUUUUGUCGCACUUGUCAUUACACUUUCACGUGCGUGCUAACUUGGGGAUCUGGAGAUUGAGGUGGUAGGCCUGUGGCAGAGCCCGAGAUUUUGCAUUCCUGACCAGCGCUUCCAGUUAGCAUGGCUGUCUUUCACCAUCUGGCUCCCUUCCUCUAACUUCUGGACUAUAGUUUAAACGAAGCUAUUCGGCUUUGCUCAGACCUGUAUCUGGAAGGUGGAAAGUAUCUGGCACCAAUUCUGGCCCAGUCAUUUGUGACCCAUGGCUCUUGCGAUAUGCCGAAGAUUUCCAGGCAGUUUCUGUGGAACGCCUCCCCGUCCAGCUCUAAUCAAGCACCAUAUAAACAAGAAAUUGCCUGGACAGACCUGUGAGGACUGUGUUCUGACUGGCAGAAUGAUCCAUACUGACGCCAGAAUGGCAGCCACCCUCAAGUUCUUAAAACCUUUAGGAUAUCAAGCGUUUUGCAACCCUUUUGCCUACAGUGCUACCCAAAGUGUGACAUACUGGAAUGUGGGAAGCUGCACAUGGCAGACGGAACAGGACCCUCCAGAACACAGCAGCCUCUGCCAUCCUGCCAAAAAAGUUGAGAACAUUAAUAGCACUUCCUCUUCUCAGAGACUUCUGACAACCAGCAGUGCCCUCCCAGGUUCGGAAACCAGCAGGGCUCCUGCCUCUCAGGCCAGCACGUUAAAGUCGGGCUCACCCAGGGCUGCAGGAGUUGUUGAAGAGGAUAUAGAAAUUUUUGAUUCCUUUGAAGACCCCCGAGGUUUCCUACAGCUAAGGCCAGAGUACCAGCUUCACAGCUAUAACAGAUCUGAGACUUGUCAGCCCCUUUCUGUUUCAGAAGGUGAAUUAAUUUUGCACAAAGUCACAGUUUAUCAAGGUAAUCUCCAGCCUCAAGUCAUUGCUGAGUAUUUCUGUAAGCUGAGCUCUCUGCCUGCAGAGCAGCAUCAUGUUGUGCUGUCCAGUACCAGGUUUGCUUUGCUCUGCCAGCUAAGUGUGAAAAAUAUACAACUCUUUGAUGUCCCAGAUCUGAUCAAUAUUUUGAAAGCCUUUGUCAACCUAGGAAUCCCUCCAUCCCAUUCAAUGCUAGGUGUGUAUGAAACCAGAUUUUGCAAUAAGGUGUGGGAGAUGAGUGUGGAUCAACUUCUCUUGGUGGCUGACCUCUGGCGUUACUUGGGCCGCAGAGUACCUCGGUUUUUAAAAAUCUUCUUUAGUUAUCUUAAUUUACACUGGAAAGAGCUAUCCUUGUCCCAGCUGAUUCACUUAAUUUAUAUUAUAGGUGAGAGUCGUCAGGUACCCCAAGACCUCAUGCAAAAAUUGGAAUCGUUGGUUCUCAAAUACAUAGAUUUGAUCAAUUUAGAGGAGAUUGGUACAAUCUGUUUGGGAUUCUUUAAAUCAAGUAGUAGUCUCUCUGAAUAUGUCAUGCGGAAAAUUGGAGACUUGGCUUGUGCUGACAUGCAGCAUCUGAGUAAUUAUGCCUUAGUGAAUAUUCUAAAAAUGUUCCGUUUCACGCACGUGGAUCACGUAAAUUUCAUGAAGCAUUUUGGCCAGAUUGCUCCUCAACGAAUUCCUUUUCUUGGAGUUCAGGGUGUCAUGCAUCUGACUCUUGCUUGCUCAGCCCUACGUGUCCUGGAUGAAGGGCUAAUGAAUGCUGUGGCUGCUUCUUUGCCUACGAGGGUGGCAUACUGUCGAAGUAAAGAUAUAGCCAAGAUCCUGUGGUCAUUUGGAACUCUGAAUUAUAAGCCACCCAAUACAGAAGAGUUUUAUUCUGCCCUGAUAAAUGAGAUUCACAGAAAGAUGCCUGAGUUCAAUCGAUACCCAGAGCACCUGCUCACUUGCCUGUUGGGCCUGGCAUUUUCUGAGUACUUUCCAUUUGAGCUCAUCAACUUCGCUUUGAGUCCAGAGUUCGUCAAGUUAGCUCAGGCGAGAAGUAAGUUUGAACUCACUAAGGAGCUGUAUACUCUUGAUGGUAUAGUUGGCACUGAGUGUCUAGAUUACAGAGGCAAUCGUCUUAGUGCUCAUCUUCAGCAAGAAGGGUCAGAAAUGCUGUGGAAUUUAGCAAGGAAGGAUAUGUGCUCAAAGCCUGAAUUCCUAGAAGCUCUCUUUUUACUUGAGACCAUGUUGGGUGGGUCUCAGUACAUCAAACACCAUAUGAUUUUGCCUCAUACCCGAUCUUCUGACUUAGAGGUCCAGCUUGAUGUUAACAUGAAGCCAUUGCCAUUUAACAGAGAAGCCAUACCAGUUGAAGAAGAAGCCACAUUAAAGCUUAAGCAUGUGGGAGUCAGCCUUACAGAUGAUUUGAUGAAUCAGCUACUCCAAGGAAAAUCAAGAAAACCUACCCAGGGAGAAACUGAGUCAGAAACUGAGCCACGGGCAAGAGAAUUAGAGAAGACAGCCAUACAUUUAGGGAGCUCCCCUUGCAGUAUGGCAGACAGAUUAGGGGCAGACAGAUUAGCCUGCAUGCAGGCCCCACAGGUGAAGCUGGCCAUUCAGUUGACAAACAAAAACCAAUAUUGCUAUGCUUCCAGAGAUCUGCUUGGACUGCACAAUAUGAAGAGGCGGCAAUUGAAUCAGCUUGGGUACCGUGUGGUAGAGUUAUUCCACUGGGAGUGGCUCCCACUACUGAAACGAACUCGCUUAGAAAAGCUGAUGUUCCUCCAUGAGAAGGUUUUCACUUCUACUUUCUGAACGGCUUUAAGGGACAUUGUUACUCAUAAAUGCCCUAGAGGUACAUUAUACAAGGUGUUGGGAAACAGUUAUAAAAGCUAGAAUAUAGGUUUGGUAAUAAAAUCAUCUGUUGAGGAGACUUAGCUGUGUUCUUAUCUAUGGCAAAGUGAAGUUACUGUGUGUUACCAUGAAUUAAUUGUAACCUGGUCCAGUUGUACAAGUUGUUGCUAAUUUGUGCAGGUAAUGAAUAAACCUCUUAAUAUGCCCUA